GUCGCUGGAGAGAGAUCACUCACCAUGCGGACUGCGAUACUGCUCUUCCUACACGUCGCCAUGGCAACCGCGUCUUCCAACUCGGAGACGUCAGUGUCAGAACAGAAAAGCAUCCAGGGGGGAAAAUCUUCCGAACAGAGGUUGAUCUACUUGCCUAUCACUGAUGUACUCUCUUACGGCCAAGUUGUUAAGUUGGGAUUUCUCAUCGUGCUGAUCACAGUGCUGUGGUCGCUGUGGUACAAAAAAUUCGGCACUAAAGGACCCACUUUCGAUGCCUCGUAUUUCUUUCCCAUAAGAAGGUUUUAUAAUAGGAAUGGGAUAUCUGAGGCCUGGACAGAUGACUGGUAUGGCUGGGUACCUGUCCUUCACGACCUCGUAGACGGCAUCGACAAGUACAGAAACAUCUAUCAACUCGCCUCAAGUUCUCACUAAUGGGGAAGACACGACGUGACUGACUAUAGUAGAUUCACAUCAACCGUGGAUUUGAUGUCUGUAAUCUCUCGAGAGAGUUCACAUCGGCAGGAUGUAUGUUCCACCUCUCCUGAAAGACGUAUACCUCAGGAGAGGUGGAAUAUAGAUUCUACCCACGUGAACUCUCGAGAGAGACUGAGUUUCCAGCCCUGUGACUGGCUUAUCAACAGCCAAUCAGGAGCGUCGUAAGGGACUGGCCUAGGCAUCAAAUGCACGGUUGAUGUGAAUCUACUAUAGUAAAACUCAAUACUCACUUCACUUCAAAAACUCACUCCGAAGGAGGAGGAGAAGCCAAAUGCCUGAUAAAAUACUCAUGACAAUUAUAUUUAAGCGACAUUGCGUUUGCAUCGUUUCGUCUGGAGGGAUAUUUUCCUCUCUGUUAAAUAUUUAUUCCUAUUUAUAUUGUUAUAAUAUUAUCGAUCCAUUGUAAGAUAAGUUGUAUUGACG